AUGUCUUCACCAUCCAACUCCUCCCAUGCCGGCAAGCGGAAGCGACCGACAACCGCAACUUCGGCCGUGAUGGAUGACAACCCCCUUCUACAGCCCUCGUCGCGAGAUGCGUCUGGCGAAGAGGGCGACACGACCGCACCCGAGACCGAGGACCUCACCCACCGCAAGGCAGACUCGGCCACCACGGGUUCCUCAAAUCCCACCAAACGCCAACGCGCCAAUUCCGAUCGCGCCUCCGCUCUUGAGACUACCAUCGACCCCGGUGAGCCCAGCGACACCACCGACGCCAGCAUCGACAUUGUUGACCGCGCCACGAGGAAGAGCAGGAAGCCCGCCGUCUUCAAGGAGUCCGGCGUGCAGGAUGACGACGAGAUCAAGAAGCAGGCUGCCAUGCCACCGCCGCCUACCGGCCGCCUGACCCAUCCUGUUGGAUACCAGACCAACCCUCCUCCUGCUGGCCGCACCGUCAGAGUCUAUGCAGACGGCGUCUUCGAUCUGUUCCAUCUCGGACACAUGCGUCAAUUAGAGCAGGCAAAGAAGGCAUUCGACAACGUAUACCUGCUAGUCGGUGUCACCGGCGACGAAGAGACACACAUGCGAAAGGGUCUCACCGUCUUGUCAGGCGCUGAGCGUGCCGAGACACUUAGACAUUGCAAGUGGGUUGACGAGGUCAUUGAGAACUGCCCUUGGGUCGUCACACCCGAUUUCCUCGAGAAACACCAGAUCGACUACGUUGCUCACGACGACCUCCCUUACGGCGCUGCUGAGGGUGACGACAUCUAUGCUCCUAUCAAGAAGGAGGGCAAGUUCCUGGUGACGCAGCGAACCGAGGGCGUGAGCACAACAGGCAUCAUCACCAAGAUCGUUCGCGACUACGAGAAGUACAUCUCGCGUCAGCUCAAGCGAGGAACUUCUCGUCAGGAACUCAAUGUUAGCUGGCUGAAGAAGAACGAGCUGGACCUGAAGCGUCAUGUUCAGGACCUGCGUGAUAACAUCCGCACGAACUGGACCACGACCGGUCAAGAGCUCAGCCGUGAGCUCAAGCAAUACUGGCCGGCGAGCCGCCCCCAGAGCCCGGCUCCAGGCGCACGCCUUGCCGCACCUCCAACCACCCCAGGUCCGAAUGGCGACAUUAGCUUGCGUGAAGCCGCUGCGAUGGCCGCUGCUGCCAAGUCGCCAACCACACCUGGCGAGCGUCCAGCUUCGAACGAGUUCAUGACUGGUUACACUCUGGGUUUGAUCGGUGGUGUUAGGUCUUGGAUGACCAAGAGCCGACGUAACCUCCGAGAGAGCCGCACAGCAAGCGAUGAGGACGAAUCAGAAGAGAGCGAUGACAAGACCAACGAGCGUGGGCGGCCAGUGGCCUCUACGUCUACCGGCUAG